AUGCAAAGUUUCAGCUUAAUUGGCCAAGCGGUUGCUGAGAAACAGAUUUUUGGCUGUUAUAGCGAGGAAUCGGUAGUUGUGGAAUCGGUAUCAACCUUGGUGGGCUUCCACAGAAUCAUGUGGGAUCUCUUCCUUCUUUGUCUCCAGGCGUAUGGAUUUGUUGUUUUGAUAAAUCGAGUUGAAGCCGACCCUAUGGAUGUGCUAGUGGACCACUGGCCUGACUUUAACGUGCUCCUCAUCAGACCAGUACAGCAGGAGGAAGCAGACAUUUUUAGAGAUGUUUGCAUCUUUACCAAAGACGAUGUUUCCCUCAAGAACGCACUACUUGGGACGGACAUUCUUGACUGGACGCAGUACCUCUGUCUAAGUUUUGAUCUCUGCUUUGAAGAGAAAGUAAAGGUUGUAGCAGCAAACAGAGGCGUGCCAGAGACCAGACUGGAUGUGUGCUACGUGAUGACACUGCAUGAUCCCUCUGACCUUCCAACUGACAGGCUAUCAGUACAGGUGUCAUCACUCCAGGAGUCUCACACUGCUCUGGUCAACAGUACGUGGAAGUUUGGCAGUGGAGAAUUCAGUGAACGAAUGAUUAGGAACAUGAUCCUGAAUUUCCCUUCAUGUUGUGUGUUGGACUCAGAUGGUCAGCCAGUGGCAUGGAUACUGACCUAUUGUGACUGUGCAAUGGGAAUACUGUACACAAUGCCAGAGCACAGAAGGAAAGGCUAUGCCAAAGCCCUGGUCAGUAUAAUGGCAAAGAAGCUCCAUUCGAAGGGCUACCCAGUGUACUGCUUCAUUGAGGAAGAGAACAAGCUGUCUCACAGGCUCUUUGCAAGUUUGGGUUUCACUGAGGACCCAUCUUACAGGGUUACCUGGUACAGCUUCAACCAGAUGUUUCUCAGUUCACAAUGA